AUGAUGCCCGCCGGCGGACCAUCGUCCACUACAACCACGACGUCUCCGUCCACUACGUCCCCCGCCGCUUCAUCUUCUUCUUCCUCUGCGGCGUCUCUCUUGACGUCCUCCGCAUCCAGUGCGGGCUCCUCUUCCUCCGAUGGCACGGAACUUCUCACCACAUGCCUGUCCACCAUCGUCACGUACGACUACGACUACGCGCUGUGCGUCAUGAACUCAGGCUUCUUCGAGCUCGACUCGUCGCCCUUCGGGACGACCGCCACGGCCAUUUCGUCCCUUAUUACGGGCUCCAGCGGCAGCAGCUCCGUGGACUCUGGCUCCUGUACUCUCAUGUGUACAAAACCGACGAUGUCUGCGUCCAGUUCCUGCUGCUCAGCUGCUAAUACCGUCAGAAACUGUCCGCAGUCGUCGUCCAGUAUCGACUACUGCAAGUCUGUGAUCGAAGACACAGUGGCCGAGAGUCAACAAUGCGGGCUCUCGUCGCAGAAUACCGCUCUCAUAGUGUGUGUAGCCAUCAUCGUCGCCUUCUUCAUAGCUGUGAUGAUAGCAGCCAGAAUAUAUGCUAAGAAACAGGCUGCAGCUCUAGAGGGAGGCGCUCUUGAGUCCAAGUUCGCAGUGGCCAGCAGAGCCACGUGGGAAGCGGUUCUCGCUGCCUGGAGACAAGUGACCAACCUCAUCUGGAAGAAUCUAAUCAUCCGACGACGCAAACCUGUGGCUUUCGUGUUCGAGCUGUUCCUACCCGUGGUGUUGACGCUCGCAUUAGUGUUUAUUGCCAAUCUGGAUACAAUUUUCGGUAGUGGAGAUGAAAAUUCUUCAUCUUCAAGCUCGUCCGAAGCAGCAACACUGUCCGAGACUAUUUUGUGUACCAGUCUGGACAGUUUGGAGUAUACAGACUACGGUGCAUUGAGUACCAACAUGUCGACGUUCUACAGCAGCGGCCAGAGCGUCAUUGGACUCUUUUUACUGAUUAGUUAUAUUAAAUUCGUGUCCACUACAACCACAACGAUGGUGAUUGAGAAGGAGACGAGGAUCCGGGAGGUUAUGAAGAUCAUGGGGCUAUCGAACUUCACGUUGCUGACCUCGUGGUGUCUGACCACUGCGAUUCUGGCCACGCCGCUUGCAUUUGCAAUUGCAGCAGAGCUCAAGUACGGCCAGGUAUUCCCCAUGACCGAGUACGCGACGCUAGUGUUCUUGUUCUGGGCGCUGAGCUUGUCUAUCGUGAGUUUCAGCUACUUCAUCACACCGUUUUUCAACAAAUCCAGAGCUGCUUCGAUCGCCUCGGUGUUGCUGUGGCUCGUGCUGUUCUUCCCGUUCUUCUCCGUCAUGUCCAAGUCUAACUCGUCCAAGUAUCUGGGUGCACUUGCACCUCCCACUGCGUUCGCGUUGGGUAUUGACGACCUGGUACGUCGCGCUCAACUCGGCAGAGGACUGGCCUACGCUAUGGGAUUAGUGGAGUCUCCAAUUACAGUUCCUUCAGCAUUCGCGAUGAGCUGGUUUUUGAUUCUGGACUCGUUCAUAUUGGUCGCUUUAGGCUGGUAUUUCGACAAUGUGCUGCCACAAGAGUUCGGUGUUCGUAAGCCGUGGAAUUUCCUCUUUGUGAAGGAAUACUGGCUUCCAUCGAGUCGCAACAACAAGGAUGUUGUGGUGCUCGAAUCCCCCACCACAGAUUCGUCGCCUCAGACGCACUAUUCAUUUGGAUCGCCGCGUGGAGUGAGGGGGUUACUGCAUCAGAGUUCGUCAGACGGAUCUAUUGUGAUGAUGAAAGACCGACCUGGACUUGUGGCAUCUGUGGAACCAGUCAAUGCCGUGCUGUCAGAGCAAGAAUGUAAGGGGACGUGUCUGCAGAUUCGAGGUCUUCGUAAAGAAUUCCCAUCUGACGACGGAGGGGUGAAGGUGGCAGUACACGGACUGAACCUAACUCUAUACGCCGGACAGAUCUCUGCUCUGCUUGGACACAAUGGAGCUGGAAAAACGACGACGAUCUCGAUGCUGACGGGUCUGAUCCCGCCUACUUCAGGUGAUGCAACCCUUUACGGACGCUCCGUGCAGGCAGAUUUCAAUGAGCUACGCCAGAUUAUGGGCAUUUGUCCGCAGCACGAUGUGUUAUUCAACGAACUGACAGUCGAAGAGCACUUGCUGCUCUUUGGGACGAUGAAACACAUUCCGUUCACAAGUUUGAAGGAAGAAGUGGGGCGAAUGAUAAGAGAAGUUGGAUUGGUGGAGAAGAGGAAGGUCGCUGCUCGGAACCUCUCUGGAGGACAGAAGCGCAAGUUGAGUGUGGCGUUGGCCUUUAUGGGGGACAGCAAGCUGGUCUUCCUGGACGAACCCACGUCUGGCAUGGACCCGUACUCUCGUCGAUUUACGUGGAACUUGCUGCAACGGAACCGUGACGACCGCGUCAUUGUCCUCACAACUCACUUCAUGGACGAAGCUGACAUUCUCGGUGAUAGGAUUGCCAUUAUGGCUGACGGUCAGCUUUGCUGUGCUGGUAGUUCCCUGUUCUUGAAGAACCGGUAUGGUGCUGGAUACAACUUGACUAUGAUCAAAGCGCCUGGAUGCGAUGUGGAGGUGGUGGGUGCGUUCUUGCGCAACUUUGUGCCUGAAGCGAAAUGCUUGAGUAACUUCGGUUCGGAGGUUGUGUUCCAGCUUCCUUCGAAGUCUUCUGGACUUCCUUCGAAGUCUUCUGGAGUGUUCUCGACGAUGUUGCAAGUGCUUGACGAUGAAAAGCACAACUUGCGUGUGAUUCAGUAUGGAGUGUCGGUCACGACGUUAGAGGAGGUUUUCUUACGGAUCUCGCAGGAUCGCGAAGAGGAAGCGGCCAUGGGUGUCGCUGCCUGUGGUGUUGAAACAGUGGACCAAAUUCGCAAGACUUCCGCUACAUCGGCAAACUCCCGUGGUACGUUAGCGGGUCCGAAUUGGACUCCGAUCUCGUCUGAAUCGACGAACCGUGCAACAUUCUGGAGCCAGUACAGCGCGCUAUUGACCAAGCGUGUGCGUAUUGCGAAGAGGGACAAGAAGAACCUCCUGAAUGCGGUGUGCAUCCCGCUGCUCUUUUUGAUCAUCCUAGUGUCGUUACCUGAGAUCGAUGUGGCGAGUUUUAUGACUACAAGUGACUAUGCUACUGAAUUGGCGUCAACUUCUCGACAAGGCCGGUGCUCGAGUGCGAAUUUCUCUUUGGUUUCGGUGUGGGGUGUCGUCUGUCUGGUUGGAUCACACGCUCUGGCUGUGAUCCCCAUGGCGUACUUGUUCUCGUUUAAGUUCAAGAAGCACGCUGUUGCACAGACAUCUCUACUGGUAUUUGCACUUUGUACCGGUGGAUUGUUGAGUAUUUUCUCGUUCCUGUGUCGACUCAUCGACUUCGACUUAACUCCGGGUAACUCUACGGACAACUUGACGCUGUCUUCACUAGACAGAAACUACUUGAGAUGGAUCUUCCUGCUCUUCCCAGGCUACAGUUUGAACAAUGGCAUCUACGAGAUCGCUACACGGAAGUUGAGUCGAAGCGCACUGUAUGGUAGCAACACAGACACGAUCGCGCCGCCGUCUUUCUUCGGUGCCUGGGAGGGACUUGGCACGGACUACACGUGCACGUCGUGCUGGGAUGCAGCCAGUGGAGAGACUUGCUGUGUGCGUAACGUCUUCGAUCUCGAUGUGGCAGGAGCUCCUGUUGCUUAUGCGGUGGUUGAGAUCGUGAUCUUCAUGCUGUUGGUGUUUAUUAUGGAGAACCGCAGCUUGUCGUGGCAUCCGGAGAAGAGAUCACAGGAGUUUGCGUCUAAUGAGGACGACGAUGUGGCUAAGGAGCGGCAGAAAGUGGAGCGUGCGUAUCCAACUCAAGACGACAGCGUCUUCAUCCGCAAUUUACGCCAACAAUACGGCAGAGGAGGAAAAGUGGCUCUGGACAACUUGUGUCUCUCGAUUUCGAAGGGAGAAUGCUUCGGUUAUCUUGGCAUUAAUGGAGCUGGCAAGUCUACGACGAUGAAGGUUUUGACAGGAGAGAUCGCUCCUACCAACGGGUUCGUGACUCUCGGAGGCUACGAUUUGUCUCGUGAUCGCGAUAAAGCGCGCCAAGUGGUUGGCUAUUGCCCUCAGUUUGAUUCUCUGCACGACUUAUUGACUGUGGAAGAGCAGCUGGAGCUAUAUGCUCGACUCAAGGGCAUUCCGAACGACCGAGUGACGAAGGCCGUGGACCAGAAGAUUGAGGAAGUGGGGCUUACUGAGUACCGGACGAAGCUGACGCGAGGCUUGAGUGGAGGCAACAAACGUAAACUCUCGACUGCUAUUGCGUUGAUUGGCUCUCCUAGUAUUAUUUUUCUGGAUGAGCCAUCGACAGGUGUGGAUCCGAGUUCUCGAAGGAAAAUGUGGGACGUCAUUGCUGGCGUCUGUGCCGCAAAAGAGUCGUGUGUGGUGCUCACGACGCACAGUAUGGAGGAAUGUGAAGCACUCUGCACACGUGUGGGGAUCUUGGUCAGUGGAAAGUUGAAAUGUCUGGGAAGCGUUGAGCACUUGAAGCAGAAAUUCGGACGGGGAUACAUCGUUGAAGUGAAGCUGAGAGAGCCAAGCGCGUCCUCUGUUGGAAGACUGCAGCUUGAGGUGUAUCGUAUUCUAGGAGGCAACUGCUCUGGUGUGUUGCAGGACCAAGUCACCAGUUUGUGUUCAUCUCUUGGAGCUCCGAACCGUGCACAAGAGAUUCUGAAUGGUGAGAGAAAUGGUAGCGUACUUCACAGUUACCUCGAGACGUCGGGUGUCAUCCCUAUUGACGUCUUCUGCGCGUGGUGGCUCACUGAAAGCAUGGGUUCUGCGCUACAAGACUUCUUCCAGUCCAAAUUCCAAGACUGUCAGCUGAUCGAGCACCAAGGCGGCCACUUCCGCUUCCAAGUCCCAAAGCAUUCCUUGCGACCUUACGCAAUCUUUGGUUUGCUCGAGGAGAACAAGGAGCAAUUGCAUGUGAGUGAAUACGGCUUACUGUAUACCACGGUAAUUUACGAGCCCGAGAGAAUUUAUUCUCAAAACUAA